GCUCAGUGGAAGUGGAUAUUCUCUUUUCUUUCCCUUUUUCACUUUUGUUCUUUAAACCAGGGGAAGAAAAAAGAUGAAUGCUUUGAGCUCCCUCUGCAUGUUUCGAUCUUCCUCAUUGUUCUUCACAAAUGACAUUCUGGUUGUAAAGCCUCAGAAGAAAUCACCACUUUUGUUAAGGAUGUCAGUGUUGAUAUUUUCAAUGGUGUGUGGUGUUUUCAUCUGUUCUGUGUGUCUAAAGCAGAUAAGCACCCAUGCUAGAACUAUGCUUCUGGAGUUGCAAGACAUUGAGAAGCCUUCUAGGACUAGAUGGAAUUUGAACGUAACAGAUGUUUCUCACUUACAUUACCCAAAACCCGUGUCUUUUAACAGGAGUGAGUGUGAUGGUAAUCCAGUACAAUUCUUUGCCAUCUUGUCUAAUCAGAGAUCAGGAAGUGGGUGGUUUGAGACCCUUUUGAAUAGCCAUAUUAAUGUGAGCUCUAAUGGGGAGAUAUUUUCAGUUAGAGAAAGGCGAGUAAAUAUUUCUACAAUUGUACAGACUUUGGAUGAAGUUUACAAUUUGGAUUGGUUCAGUAGUGCUUCCAAGAAUGAGUGCUCAGCUGCAAUUGGCUUAAAGUGGAUGCUUAAUCAGGGAUUAAUGGAGCACCCUACGGAAAUAGCAGAUUACUUCAACCGCAGAAGUGUUUCUGUCAUAUUUCUUUUCCGAAGAAACUUAUUACGCAGAUUUGUAUCGAUGCUUGCCAACUCAUAUGACCGCCAAGCUAAGCUGUUGAAUGGAACUCACAAGUCUCAUGUUCAUUCUGCAGAAGAGGCUGAUACUCUGUCAAAGUACAAGCCUACCGUAAAUUCUAAAUCAUUGCUGACUGACUUGAAGGAUAUGGAGACAAGAGCUGCAAAGGCUUUAGAAUACUUCAACUCAACUCGGCAUAUGAUCUUAUACUAUGAGGAUCUUAUAAGAAAUCAUACUACUCUAAAAGACGUGCAAGAGUUUUUAGGAUUGCCACAGAUGGAAUUAACAAGCCGUCAGGUUAAGAUACACAGAGGACCAUUGUCGGACCACAUUAAAAAUUGGGAUGAUGUUAACAAGACACUAAAAGGAACUGUUUAUGAGUGUUUCCUUCAAGCUGAUUAUUCAUCUUAACCUCCUCUAAUUUCUGGAAAGGUGUAAAUAUCAACAACACAGAUUUUGUACCAGGUAAGAAUUUAAAGUUU